AUGGCAACAACUCCGCAGCCCCCUCCAUUCAACAAUGAAAAUGCUUUUAAGGAGCUCACCCGUAUCAUCAAAGAUGGGUUUAAAAGCUUAGAGCAGAUGAUCAGUCAGCUCGAUUCGAAUGAGCAUGCUGAACGUGACAAUAAGGCUACGGACUCGAAAGCUGAGCCAUCUGAGGUUACUGACCAAAUGGAUAUGGCUGAGCUAUCGAAUAUUGCGAUUUCACACGUACACGAACAGCCUAAACCCUUCCGCUUCAAUGAGCUACCGCUCGAGUUGCGUUUAGAAAUCUGGAAGAUGGCGAUGCCAAGCAAGCGCAUUUUUGAACCGUGGGUUAUGCUCCGGCAACCACAUGCUCGACACCAGCUCAACCCGGAAGAUCCACCGCUUGUGAAGCUGAAAAGGAAACACCCACCGCCUGCGUUGCGGGCUCUUGGCGAUAAGCGUGAUGUCAAAAGUUUGUGCGAAGUCUCAAAGACUCUUUAUGACUUGGCAUCGACCCGUCUCUACAGCCUGCACGAAGUCAUCCUGCAAUCACUCGACGAAGAUUGUCUGGAUGAGGUUCAUGUGAAAGAAUUACUUCGAGCUGCAGGACGACCGAACAAUCUCCUGUCGCGUGUAGUCAACCUACGGAUAUCAGCCCCAUUCUCCAAAAGACUAAGGCACCGGUGCAUACAUGGCGACGAAAACGAUUAUGGCGACGAUGGCCAAGUAAACGACCUCUCCUCACUGCAACGGCUUAGUAACCGUAUUCUACCCAUUUUGCAAAACCUCCAAGAUGGAAAACUUCGAAAAUUCAAUUGGGACAUGGGCGUAUGUGUCCCUAGGCAAAUUCUCGGCAAAAACGGAUAUCUCCCAAACAAUCAGAGUCACCUUGAAUACGUCCGUCUGGUGACGGACCCGACCUGCGUCUGUAACUCCCAUACCUCACCACUUGCCUUGCAGGAACUACGGUGUUUGAAAGGCAUUUCUUGGACGGGGCUAAGAACAAGACCCGACCUUGUUGCGCUUGGCCUAGCACUGCAGGAGAACGCGGGCCAUCUCGAAGUCUUAGAGUUAGACUUCAUCGACUGGCCGUUGGUAAGGAGGCACUGGAACGACUUGGGCGAUGAUUUUGGAGACUUCUUCGACUAUGCGUUGAGAGUGCGCCCUCGCUCAACCAACCGUCGAUAUCCAGCCCUACAAAAGCUGUCCCUUUCUGGCCUUGAUCUAACCCCAUACUUCCGCGGAAUUGCUGCCGCUAUGGAUUCUGUAUCACUUCAGUCAAUAGCUGUGCACCGAUGCCUAGGCUGGGAGUUGCUCCUGGAACACUGGAUAGAGUCACACCGUCCAUUAAGCAUUAAAUCAUUGGAGAUAUAUCAGCCCUUGAUAUCUGAGGGUAUAUCCGGUGUAGAGGAGCAGGCCUUACGAACUUUUCUGGAGAACGUUAGUGGGUUGGAGAACCUUUAUCUCUCACUUCCCAGUCCGAUGGGUACAAAGAUCUUGUGGAGAACGGCAGUGCGACACAGGGCGACUCUACGACGGUUCAUCUACCAUGCUAGAAGCGUAAAUCUUGACGGUGAGUCCGACCGAUUUGAAGAGGAAAUGGACCUGAAUGACAUGGCACUGUUGAGUGACUCAUUCCUGGCUCGCUUGGGUGAGGAAUAUUCUGUAGGGGGAAUGGAGUUUGAAGAUCAUUUGUGGUUCACAGAACAGUCGCCAAAUCCGCUAGAGGUUCUGGAACCGUUCUCCGGCAAGGAGAGCCUACAAAUUGUGCAUAUUAGGCAAUCGGGGCCCGAUAUUAAGCAAUUUGGCUCUUGGGUCUUCAACCAGAUCUGGUUAGAUGAUGCGACCCUGUUCGAGGACUACAUUGGCCCGGCUCGGCGGGAGCUCUGUGAAGACGGUAUGCUGGGGUGGGUUUCUUGGCAAUCGGAUGUGGCCAACACCAAGGAUAACCUCGUCGCGACCAUCCUGACCAACAGCCUUUGCGAGUUUGCCGAUUGGGCUUUCGGUGCAAAUGGCAUUACGUCUCUCCAUAUUAUAGCAUACGGAGACUUUUCGUGCCAGGGGAGAGACCAUACCGGCUCUAUAUAA